AUGGACACGGGUGAUCUUUAUAAAGCUAGCAAUAGCUUACGAGCAAGCAAUAGAAGCAGCACGAGUUACAGAGCAAACAGCUCGAAUAUAUGGAGAAACACAGCCAUGGAAGUAUUUUCACGUUCGGCUCGUGAGGAAGAUGACGAGGAAGCCCUUAAAUGGGCCGCCCUUGAAAAGCUCCCGACUUUCGACCGUCUCAGAAAAGGGCUUCUGCUUGGAUCAAAAGGCGCGAAUGAAGUCGAUGUUUUUAGUCUCCAGUUUCAGGACAAGAGGAAUUUAGUUGACAGGCUUGUUAAUAUUGUGGAGGAUGAUAAUGAGAAGUUCUUGUUAAAGCUAAGAAACAGAAUUGACAGAGUUGGGAUCGAUAUGCCGACAAUCGAAGUGAGAUAUGAGAAUCUAAACAUUGAUGCAGAAGCCUAUAGUGCAAGCAGGGCUCUUCCUACUUUUGUCAAUUUCAACAAAAACAUUAUUGAGGGGUUUUUGAAUGCUCUCCAUAUAGUUCCCAGCAGAAAAAAACCAUUUACCAUCUUAAAAGAUGUUAGUGGGAUCAUAAAGCCGUCGAGGAUGACUUUGCUUUUAGGUCCUCCGAGUUCCGGGAAAACGACAUUGUUGCUGGCUCUGGCCGGGAAGCUAGAUCCAUCUUUAAAAGUUUCGGGAAGGGUGACUUACAACGGACAUGGAUUAGAUGAGUUUGUGCCACAAAGAACAGCAGCAUAUAUUAGCCAAAAUGAUUUGCAUAUUGGUGAAAUGACUGUGAGAGAAACUUUAGCAUAUUCUGCUCGGUUUCAAGGUGUCGGCUCGCGUUACGAGAUGCUGACAGAAUUGUCGAGGAGAGAGAAAGCAGCGAAUAUCAAACCGGAUCCCGAUAUUGAUAUCUUCAUGAAGGCAGCAGCAACCGAAGGAGAUGCUGCGAAUGUUGUCACGGAUUAUGUCCUUAAAGUUCUGGGACUCGAUGUUUGUGCCGACACUUUAGUUGGAGAUGAAAUGAUAAGGGGAAUUUCGGGAGGACAGAAAAAGCGUGUCACAACCGGAGAAAUGAUUGUUGGGCCUUCAAAGGCACUUUUCAUGGACGAGAUAUCGACUGGACUCGAUAGCUCGACAACUUACCAAAUCGUGAAUACGCUUAAACAAUAUGUCCACAUCAUGAAAGGGACUGCUUUUAUCUCCCUCUUGCAACCGGCACCCGAGACUUACGAUUUGUUUGACGAUAUUGUCCUUUUGUCCGAUGGACAAAUUGUCUAUCAGGGCCCUCGAGAGCAAGUUCUUGGCUUUUUCGAAUCUAUGGGCUUCAAAUGCCCAGAAAGAAAAGGAGUAGCUGAUUUCUUGCAAGAAAUGAGCAAAAACACCAUAGAAGAUGGAGGCAUUUAUACCGGCGCUCUAUUUUUCGCGGUUAUUAUGAUCAUGUUUAACGGGAUGUCUGAGCUGUCAAUGACGAUUUACAAACUUCCCGUUUUCUACAAGCAACGGGAUAUGUUCUUUUUCCCUGCAUGGGCUUACGGUCUCCCUUCUUGGCUACUCAAAAUACCGGUUACCUUCAUUGAAGUGGCUAUAUGGACUUUCCUCACAUAUUAUGUAAUCGGCUUUGAUCCAAACGUAUCAAGGCACUACCUUUUGCUUUUAUUCGUGCACCAGUCGGCUUUAUCACUCUUUAGGUUUAUUGGGGCAGCAACUCGGAACAUGAUUGUUGCAAACACGUUUGGCUUGUUUGCUAUGCUGUUGCUAUUUGCGUUGGGCGGCUUUGUUCUCUCACGAGAGGAUGUGAAGGGGUGGUGGAUAUGGGGCUAUUGGGCUUCGCCAUUGAUGUAUGCUCAGAACGCGAUUCUCGUGAAUGAAUUCACAGGGCAUAGUUGGAGUAGAUUGAUAAACGGAACAGAAUUGGGAGUGCUUGUUAUGAGGUCACGAGGCUUCUUUCCUGACUCUUACUGGUACUGGCUGGGACUUGGGGCAAGUGUCGGAUUCGUGUUCCUGUUCAACAUCUUCUACAUUAUUUGUCUAACAGUCCUUGGCCCUUUCGAGAAGCCUCAGGCAGUACUACCAGAAGCUUCCGAAGACGACGACGACAGCCGAAAUAGAUUAGCCUCCACAGACUCCAUUGAAGCCAACGAGAACAAGAAAAAAGGAAUGGUACUUCCUUUCGAGCCACAUUCCAUCACGUUCGACAACAUUAGAUACUCAGUCGACAUGCCAGCGGAAAUGAAAGCUCAGGGAGUGAGUGAAGACAAAUUGGAACUGUUGAAGGGAGUUAGUGGCGCAUUCAGGCCCGGAGUUCUCACGGCUUUGAUGGGAGUGAGUGGGGCCGGAAAAACGACUCUCAUGGACGUUUUGGCGGGAAGAAAAACGGGAGGUUACAUCGAGGGUGACAUCACCAUCUCCGGCUACCCCAAAAACCAAUCCACCUUUGCUAGGAUUUCCGGUUAUUGUGAGCAAACCGACAUUCACUCCCCUAAUGUCACUGUUUAUGAGUCCCUUGUCUACUCCGCUUGGCUCAGGCUGCCUCGUGAUAUCGACUCCGAAACUAGAAAGAUGUUUGUUGAGGAAGUAAUGGAGCUGGUGGAGCUGAGCCCGUUGAGGGGAGCACUAGUGGGGCUUCCGGGUGUGAAUGGGCUCUCGACUGAGCAGAGAAAGAGGCUCACGAUAGCAGUCGAGCUCGUGGCAAACCCUUCAAUCAUAUUCAUGGAUGAGCCGACCUCAGGGCUUGAUGCCAGGGCAGCUGCCAUUGUCAUGAGGACUGUUCGCAACACGGUCAACACAGGGAGGACUGUCGUGUGCACUAUCCAUCAGCCAAGUAUCGACAUUUUCGAAGCGUUUGAUGAGUUGUUUUUGAUGAAAAGGGGAGGACAGGAGAUAUACGUGGGCCCACUUGGCCGCCACUCGACACACUUGAUCAACUACUUUGAGGGAAUUGAAGGGGUGGCGAAGAUUAAGGAUGGUUAUAAUCCGGCUACAUGGAUGCUGGAAGUUACUACUUCGGCACAGGAGCUGUCUAUGGGGUUGGACUUUACCGAACACUACAAGAAAUCAGACUUGUACAUGAGAAACAAAGCUUUGAUCAAGGAAUUAAGCGUCCCACGGCCUGGGACAAAAGAUCUUUAUUUUCCGACUAAGUAUUCACAAUCUUUCCUCAUCCAAUGCAUUGCUUGCUUGUGGAAACAACAUUGGUCAUACUGGCGUAACCCGCCUUACACUGCCGUCAGAUUCUUGUUCACUACAUUCAUUGCUCUUAUCUUCGGGACAAUGUUUUGGGAUCUUGGCCAGAGAUGGAACACCCAGCAAGAUUUAUUCAAUGCCAUGGGUUCAAUGUAUGCUGCAGUCAAUUUCUUGGGUUUUCAAUACGGUUCCACAGUACAGCCAGUUGUGGCCAUCGAGAGGACUGUCUUUUACAGGGAAAAAGCUGCCGGAAUGUAUUCUGCUCUACCAUAUGCAUUCUCACAGUUUCUGAUUGAGAUCCCGUACGUUUUUGUCCAAUCCGUUGUGUACGCUCUCAUUGUGUACUCCAUGAUGGGUUUCGACUGGACGGCCGAGAAAUUCUUCUGGUUCAUCUAUUUCUUGUUCUUCUCGUUAUUGUACUUUGUCUUGUACGGCAUGAUGACUGUUGCCGUAACUCCUAACCACAAUGUUGCCACCAUCAUCUCGUCCUUCUUCUAUGCCUUUUGGAAUUUGUUCUGUGGAUUCAUCGUCCCACGACCUAGAAUCCCUGUGUGGUGGAGGUGGUAUUAUUGGGCAACACCAAUGGCUUAUACACUCUACGGUUUUAUCAUCACACAAUAUGGUGAGGUUAGAGAUGUGAUGGAGGAUUCCGGUCAAUCGGUUGAGGAGUUCUUAAGGAACUACUUUGGGUUCAGACGAGACAUGCUUGGGAUGGUUGCUGGUGUGCUUCUCGGGUUUGUGGUGCUUUUCACCUUCAUCUUUGCCUACUCUAUCAAGACUUUCAACUUCCAGAGGAGAUGAAAAUAGACUCGUAUUCGGGGUAUCUUAUGGUUGGCUAACUUUGAAGACCAUUUCAUUAAGAUUUUGUAUAGAAAAAUCUUUGAUUCUUAUGUUUGUUUUGUCGUGAUUGCAGUCCAGGUUAUAUGUAUGUUAUUUGUUCAUGUACUGAGUGAUCUUUAAUGGUUAGAGAGAGCUCUUUAAUUCUAUAUAUAUGUUGCUAUGAGGAUUAUAUUGAAUAAUAAUAAUUUUUUGUUACGGAUAAUAUAUUACCAGAAUCCAGGAAGAGGGAGCCUCAUAUAUUCAGCGAUUUCAUUUGUCCCAAUUAGCAACGCGG